AUGGAAGAUGAGGAGUGCAAAAAGCUCGUCAAGACUGCUGAAGAUCUCAUCGCCAAAAGAGAACUCAUUAAGGCCUUGGUGUUUACUGAGGAUUCGAUUCUAGUCCACGGGGAAAACGAGGGCACAUCAUCGCGUCUUCAUCACGAACAAGCCACUGCAUUCUUGCAUCUACAGAUCAAAGCAGAGAACCCAGACGUGAAGUGCGCAUUCUUGUUGGCCGCUAUAGGAUGCUAUUGGGACGCUGCUCUGUAUUCACCAGUUUGUGCAAAUGCUCUCCACGGAUUGGCCUCCGAGAUUGGGUCACUCCACUUUUACAAGAAGUCCAUGAAGAAAGCAAAACAAGGUUUAUCUCUUCCUCAAACAGAAACCUCGCGAAUGAGCUCGAAAGAGCAGAGCUUGUGGACGGACCAAAACAGAGGACUGGAGCGUAUAAUCGAAGAUGCAAAGUCCAAGAUCGCAUCUCCCAGUACUAUAGCUGGUUUGACGAGAGUUUGGGAGCCAAAGAAAAGUCCAGAGACGUCUAAAGAUGAGUCUAAAGGAUUGAGGUCGUAUUGGUUGGGUUUGGAUGCUGAGAUCAAACGGGACUUGAUGAAAGUAAGCAUUGCAGAGCUUAGAAGUUAUGCCGAGGGAGUACAUAAGAGAGAGGGACGAGAGGCUUUGGAAAAAGCUCUCGCCUUUGCGAGGGAACACAAGAAAUGGCGAUUCUGGCAGUGCCGAACUUCAUGCUCAAAGGAGAUGCAUAGUGCUGAAGAAUGUAAGACUCAUCUUGAACAAGAACAUGGUGCAGAUUUUAAACCUUCUUCGGAGAAUGAUAUGGUCAAGAGGAUAGGGAAAGACUGGGCUCGUAAGAUAUCAGGUGGAGCUUGGGAACCGGUGGAUGCAGUAGCUGCUGUUGAGAUGAUUACAAAUCAGCUCGAAUAUGUGAAAGAGUUUACAUCUAAAUCUAAGAAGAGGGGAUGGUCCGAAGAAUGGCCUGUAGCUGCGGAUGAAAAGCGCAGGAAGUUACUCAAUGAGAUCAAAUCGCUCCUUGUGCUGCUCUGUGACCGUAUGAUUCUCUCCAGUAGCAUUCGAGCCUGGCUGAUGGAUUUUCCGGUUCAGCUUCUUCUAAAACUUGGAGUUUCCAAAGAUGUCUUCGGUUCUCAGCUAGCAGAAACACCUCAGGGUAUCUGUUUUCUGGAAUAUGAUGAACUCGAUCAAAUCCAAUACUUUCUUAAGAAAAUCAAGUGUGAAAGGGAUGAUGGUACGGAUCUGGUCUGCAGAGCAGUGGACAGUUUCUGGGAUCGUACUCGAGUUCAAGAUACGAUCGACUUGGACGAUGAAUUCUCAUUUGUGCUGCCGGAUAAAAGACUGUUGAAGAAAAAGUAUGUUCCACUUGAUGAUGAAGGGAAUAUCAAUUUAAUUGCUGAUCCCAAUGCCCACUACGCCGAGGGAAAGGUGCAGGGAGAUGAUAUCAUAUCCUGGUUAGUUGACGAUUCUUCAGUAGAUGAGAGCUUCUUUUCCAAACCUAUCAGAGAACACAAUCUUGAUAUAUGGAUGGCUGUUCUGAGAGCUGUUCAGCUCACGUGUAGAACUUUGAGAAGCAACUAUGCAAAGAAGAAGCAGUUCUCAGCAUAUGAAGCAGCUCUUACAGAAGUCGAGAACUUGUGUAUGAGCGAAUGGGAAAGAAGAAGGGAUAUUCCGGAAGAUCAAUGGAAGAGCUAUGCAUCUCUUCUAUGCGAUAAAUGUGAAGAGAGGUUCAACGAAAAAUCCCCCUCCUCAGAAUUAUUCUUGUGUGCAGUACGAGAUGUUUUCCAAGGACACCCGUCGCAGCCGAUAUUUAAUUCGGAUGUUAACUCGCUGCGUCUCAUAUGUGAGCGUAAAGAUGUCAACGAUGAUUCUGUGGUGAACUCCACGGAUGUUCUGAAGUCUGCGGUCACCUUCAAGGGUCUGCUAACUGGUUCAAAGAUUCUGCUGAUUGAUAAUUCAAGGAUUAGAUUGCUCGACAACCUCACCAAGCUUUCUGUUUUUGACUACCGCUCUUACAUGCUUCGACUGCUGAAACCUUUCUUACUGAAUGAAAUUGGAAAGAUGGAAUAUAAAGCCAAGUCAGAUGCAGCAAAAGCAAAAGCAGAUAUUUUACUCGAGGAAGAGGAGAAGUCACAAGCACAAAAGAAGAAGAAAAAUAAAAACAAGAAGGUCUUUGAAGUGGCGCAACAGAUAACUUCGACGAGCAUGUCUAUUCCCCUUGAUAAGACUGCUGAGCAUGACCAAUCUGCCAACCGUGAACUGGAAGAUGCUGUGAAACCAGAAGAUACUAUUGCAAGUGAGAUGGGUGGACUGGAAAUUUCAUCCAACACUGACAUUCAAGAUCAACCUACUGAAGAUGACAUUCAAGAUAUGCAAAACAUACCUGGAGAAGAUCCUCCAGCGGAACCUUUGGAGGCAGCGGUUGGAGAAGCUGUAGCCAGAUACAAUUCAGCUCUUGACAUGACGCUAAAGGCCCUCAUGAACAUUAAAGUUCUUAAAGACGAUGUAAAGCAACCGUUUCACGCCCACCCGGGUGAACAAGUUCCUAGUGCGCUGCAAAACUUCUUCACUGCUUUUAGCUCAGAUAUGAUAAAAAAUGAUGGAGUAUACAGUUACCUCUUCAGAGACUUACUUGCUUCCAUAGAAGAAGUCACUCCCAUCGAUCGUUUGACGAGUUAUGCUGAUGAGGCAUUUGAAAAGAUCCUUCAGUUGUGGCAAUGCUGGAAAAAUUCAGAAAGAGAAAGCUUGGUGAAUCGCCUUUUCACGUUGAAUGAAAAUGAAAGUAUAAGUUGUAGAAAAUGCAGAAGGGAGCAAAAAUCUCCGGAGGAAAGGUUUUAUGGCACUUUGAUAGCUGCAGAUUCUAUCCGAGACCUGAAGUGUGCUUUUGGGGAUAUAAAGUUUGUGGAUAUCCUCAAGGUGGACCGGGUGGAUUACAAAAUGUUAUGCGACAUUGAAAAAGGAGGUUGUGGAAAGACAAACUUUGUUCAUCGCACUAUAAGUAGAUGCCCCCCUAUCUUCACAAUUAUGUUGGAAUGGGAAAGGACUGAAACUGAAGAAGAAAUAUCUGAAACAACAAAGGCUUUGGAGUUGGAGAUAGAUAUCAGCAGGCUGUACCAAGGCUUUGAACCAAAUACUAACUACCGACUUGUGUCAAUGGUUGGCUCUGUUGAAGAAAAAGAAUGCAUCUGCAUAGCUUAUCAAGAAGACCGGUGGGUUAAUCUCAAAAGUGACUGGGAGAGUGUGGUCAGAUUCUUUGGAGAAAGGAAUGUUCGGCCAGAGAUACUGUUUUAUGAAGCUGUCCGAUCGAUGGCCUAA